AUGUUAGCAACGAUACUCACCUGCCUCGCCGUCGCCGCCGGCGUCGCCUCCGGCAGCCCCGCCAUCUCGGCCCGCGACGACAACACCGCCGGACACGUCUACGCGCGGGACGAGUGGCGCGUGCCGGCCUUCCCCGGCGGCCCCGUCCUGCGCCUCAACGGCACCGAGGCCGACGUGCGCCGCCAGCUCAUCGCCAUCAACCCCAAGUACGAGACCGACUUCCCGCACAGCAGCGCCGGAGGCGCCAACAAGCGCUCCGGGGUCUUCGUCGCCGCGUCGCUCAUCUGCUCCGACAUCAAGCAGCCGAACAGGGGCAAUUUCGGCUACAUCAAGAUCGGCGGCAUCACCAACGCCUACGAGGCCCUCCAAGGGCUCGACGGCGAUCCUAUCCUCAACCCGGGCCCCAGGGUCUGCUCCGACCUCACCUGCAAGGACUCCACCCAGUCUAGCAUCUGCAACGACAACCCGGCCCCCAUAAACAUCCACGACUGGGACCUAAUUGCCAAUGCCAUCAGGUACAUACGAGACAGAUGUGGGCGUAUAAAGGGAUACGAUGACCGCUACUAUGGCGGGCAGGUCUUUCACAAGGAUAAAUGGAACCUCAUCCUGAAGCAAAAGACCUGCAAGUAA